AUGAAUUUCCAAAGAGACUCACUCACUCUCACUAAAACCUAGAGAAGCAACACCUGACGUAUAGAAACAAAAUGGCACAAGCUAUGCGCCAGUCUUCUUUGCAAGGAGAGCUUGAGGAAGCUAUUGAGAUCAAAUCCUCGGGAAAGAAGUACCACCAAAUGCUCGCCGGAAGACCACAUGAUCUUGCAAAAGCCACUCCUGAGAGCAUCAAGGGAUGUACUUUGCGUGAGGGAGAGUUUGGCAAAGUUGGAAGUGUCAUUUCGUGGAACUAUGUUCUUGAUGGGAAGCAGGAGGUGGCGAAAGAGAGGAUCGAGGCAGUGGAUCAUGAAAAGAAUCUGAUAGUGCUCAGGGUGAUAGAUGGAGAUUUGAUGAAAAAUUUCAAGAGCUUCUUGAUCACUAUCCAGGCAACCCCAAAGCUAAGCGGAUCUGGAAGUGUGGUUAACUGUCACAUCAAAUACGAGAGGAAUGACGAGAAGGUGGCUCACCCGGAGAAGCUGCUCGCGUUCAUUGUCAAGACAUCCAGAGACAUGGACAAAUUUAUUUUAUCCCAAGUCUAGAGAACUUGUCGGAUAUCCAUCUAUCUAUCUAUGUUUGUGUGUGUACUGUAAGAUGUCUCAAUAAUGUGCUCUCUCUAUGAAGAGAUCUAAUCUGCAAGUAUCGCAGAGUUUGUGUAACGUACGUUUGAAGUUGUCAUUACUUGGGAACUGUAAUCUGUAUUGCUAUAAGUUUGCCUCUAAUAAGCAUGUUAUGUUACGUUUAAAGAAAA